GAGGAUAUUUGCUCAACUCAGAAAGCCAGACACUAGUCCAGUGCCCGAGAUUGCUGAUCGCUCCAGCGCGUUUUACUGUAGCAGGGAAGCGUCCGAGUCUUCUGAGCCACGUCCUCGCCUCCAGCUCAAGUUUUCCGGAGAGCCUAGGCGUGUUUCUUUAGGCAGAGAGAAACAAGGAAACUGGGGGAGGCGGGAACUAGGGUAACCGAUUAGGGGGGAGACAAGCCCCUGCCCCGCCGCCUCUCUGUGCCCGGGUGGCCUGCCUUCACCACUUCCACCUCCCACCCCACCCCCACUCACCCAGCUCAGCCCCCGAGAAGACGCAAGGAGAAAGGGGUGUUGCUUAGCUCAGCCGAGCUGCAGAAGUUAAGAGGAGUUACUGGCUGCCUUUGGGCUGCUGUACUUCCCCAGAAGCGGGGCGAGAAGCAGCUGUACAUUUGAGGCUACCUCCCUAAGCAAACCCGCAGCGUGUGUGGAGUGGGGCAUGGUGGGGGUGGGGGGUGGGGAUGCAAGACAAGAACUUGAAAGUGUGUGAAGGAAUCAGAAGCAAAUGAGAAGGGAGGAAAAUAAAAGAAAGUGGAGACUGCUGAAAAGACUCAACCGUGGUUGAUUUUUAUCCCGUGUGUGCUCCAGAUACAGUGUUUAGGUUCGGGUUUUGUUUUGGGGUGGGGUUUUUAGGGGCCCUUAUUUUUAAAGCCACAACAGCUCUCCCUUUCUCUACUAUCUAUAUAUCUCCAACCCCUUGCUGGCUCUUAUGGGCAUGAAACACUCUUCCCGCUGCCUGCUCCUAAGGAGGAAAAUGGCGGAGAACGCUGCCGAGAACACCGAGGCCCUUUGCUUCCAGGUCAGCAGUGCACCCUCUCAACCUCCUCAGCCUGUAGUGGCUCCCAAGCCAGCACAGUGUGUCCAUCAUGUAUCCACCCAGCCCAGCUGCCCUGGACGAGGAAAGAUGUCUAAGCUGUUAAACCCAGAAGAGAUGACCUCAAGGGAUUACUACUUUGAUUCCUAUGCUCACUUUGGGAUUCAUGAGGAAAUGCUAAAGGAUGAGGUGCGCACGCUGACCUACAGAAACUCCAUGUAUCACAAUAAACAUGUGUUUAAGGACAAGGUGGUGUUGGAUGUUGGGAGUGGCACGGGCAUCCUUUCUAUGUUUGCUGCUAAAGCAGGGGCCAAGAAGGUGUAUGGGAUCGAAUGCUCCAGUAUUUCUGACUACUCAGAGAAAAUUAUCAAGGCCAACCACUUGGACAACAUCAUCACCAUAUUUAAGGGUAAAGUGGAGGAGGUGGAGUUGCCAGUGGAAAAAGUAGACAUCAUCAUCAGUGAGUGGAUGGGUUAUUGUCUUUUCUAUGAGUCAAUGCUUAACACAGUGAUCUUCGCCAGGGACAAGUGGCUGAAACCUGGAGGGCUUAUGUUUCCAGACCGGGCAGCUUUGUACAUGGUAGCAAUUGAAGACAGACAGUACAAGGACUUCAAAAUUCACUGGUGGGAGAACGUGUACGGCUUUGACAUGACCUGUAUCCGGGACGUCGCCAUGAGAGAACCCUUGGUAGACAUUGUCGACCCAAAGCAAGUGGUGACCAAUGCCUGUUUAAUAAAGGAGGUAGACAUUUACACUGUGAAGACAGAAGAGCUCUCAUUCACAUCUGCAUUCUGCCUCCAGAUUCAGCGCAAUGACUACAUCCAUGCCCUGGUCACCUAUUUUAAUAUUGAAUUUACCAAGUGCCACAAGAAAAUGGGAUUUUCCACAGCCCCUGAUGCUCCUUAUACCCACUGGAAGCAGACAGUUUUCUACUUAGAAGAUUAUCUCACUGUCAGAAGGGGUGAAGAGAUCUAUGGGACCAUUUCCAUGAAACCAAAUGCAAAAAAUGUGCGGGACCUUGAUUUCACAGUGGACUUGGACUUUAAGGGACAGCUGUGUGAAACAUCUGUUUCUAAUGACUACAAAAUGCGUUAGCACACAAGGAAACUUGAAGAAAGCAAAAAAGAAGCACUGUCUCAUCUCGAUCUGCUGCAUUUGCCCACCAAGGAAAACUGUUUGCAGGACUACACACACGGGGACUUCAGAGUGUUAACUCGGCCCAGAAGUUUGGUCACCUCAAGAGGUUCCCAGCAGGCCUUGCUCUAGGUUGGAGAUUCAAAAGAACCCCUAGCUCGAAAGUCCAACCUAAAGGCCAUCUAGGCAAAGAGGCUCUGGUGCUCCAACAAAACCACCCAAGGAUGGGAAAGGACACAUGCAUACCAAUUGUAUUCCUUAACUGUGAAUCUCUGGAUCUUCCAAGUUUUGCAUGCUGCAGGCAAUUAGAGCAGACUGUUUACAUUAAAACACGGAGACAUAGUGUCUUUGAUAGCUUAACCAAGAUUAUCUGUCUAUCUGUGUGGUGUGUGUGUGCGUGCGUGUAUGUGUGUGUGUGUGUGCAACAUAUAUAUUAAUUUAUAUAUCCACAUAUGCCUGUAUAUGCAUGCAUAUACAAUCAAGUGGGUAUACCUAGACAUUAAUGCAGAGUGGUAUGUAAGUAUGUAUAUAUGUGCAGAUAUAUGCAUAUAUAUUUGUAUUUAUAUCUAUAUAUCUCACUUAGAGGGGUUUCUGUUGCUUUUGAAUAAGGAAUUUGUUUUGUGGUUAGUUUCUCCCCCUUAAACAGAUGUUAAGUAGCCAGUGAAAGUUAUCUGUAUCACACUGGUUUUUCUUGAACUGGACCUGUCUCCUAGUGCCUAGCAUAGUUCUACAUGUCUAGAGGGCACUGAAUAAAAAUGGAUGAAAGUGA